CCGCCUACUUUCAUUGCACCAAUGACAGUGCAGCUCUGAUCGCGUGCAACAGUAGCAGCUGCUGCAACCGGGAUCCCAGACGGCGUCAUCCUACCUGUCCUAGAGGACAUCAUGCCAUCUGUGCCUCCAAGCUCUGAUUCUACCUCCUGCCCCAAUAUGACAGAGACUCAUGUGGCUAAUGGCAACGUGGAGGUUGAUCUUGGCACUGAUCGGAAGUGGAUUCGGCCAGAUUUGCCAAGCAAGUGCACAUGGGCUCUGGGAAAACCACAGGCAGACUCCCCACAUCAUCAUGUAGAACUGAAACACAACCCCCGAAUCCUGCCAAGCAUCCUGGACAAAAUCGGAGACACCCCACUCGUUCGAAUAAACAAUAUUGGAAAGAUACAUGGGCUAAAGUGUGAGCUGUUGGCAAAGUGUGAGUUCUUCAAUGCGGGGGGCAGCGUCAAGGAUCGGAUCAGUCUGCGGAUGGUGCAAGAUGCCGAAAGGGACGGGAUCCUCAAACCAGGAGAUACAAUAAUUGAACCAACAUCUGGAAACACUGGUAUCGGACUGGCUCUGGCUGCCGCUGUGAAGGGAUACCGCUGUAUUAUUGUCAUGCCGGAGAAGAUGAGUAUGGAAAAGGUGGAUGUUCUUCGUGCUCUGGGUGCUGAGAUUGUUCGGACUCCGACCAACGCGAGAUUCGAUUCUCCAGAAUCCCAUGUUGGCGUUGCUUGGAGGUUAAAGAAUGAAAUUCCAAAUUCCCACAUCUUGGAUCAGUACCGGAAUGCUAGUAAUCCCCUCGCUCACUAUGACAGCACCGCGGAAGAGAUCCUGUACCAGUGUGAAGGGCAGUUGGACAUGCUGGUUGCCGGAGCCGGAACAGGUGGAACCAUUACCGGAUUGGCACGCAAACUAAAAGAGAAGUGUCCAGGCUGCAAGGUGGUUGCUGUGGAUCCUGAAGGUUCUAUACUGGCUGAACCAGAAGAGCUCAACCAGACCGAUAAGACCAGUUACGAGGUGGAGGGCAUCGGCUAUGACUUUAUCCCAACUGUUCUGGAUCGAUCUGUUGUUGACAUGUGGCAUAAGACCAACGAUCAGGAAUCUUUUUCCAUGUCACGUGCCCUGAUCAGAGAAGAGGGGCUUCUGUGUGGGGGCAGCUCGGGCAGUGCCAUGUAUGCAGCUGUGCAAGCGGCUAAAGAGCUGAAGGAAGGCCAGAGAUGUGUUGUGAUUCUCCCCGACUCUGUGCGGAACUACAUGUCUAAGUUUCUUAGUGAUAAGUGGAUGACACAAAAGCAUUUCCUUAAUGUGGAAGAUUUGGAGGGAAGAAAACCUUGGUGGUGGAAUGUGAAGGUGUCAUCCCUCUCUCUAUCUGCCCCUCUUACAGUCCUUCCAUCUGUGAGCUGUGACCAGACUAUCCAGCUCUUGCGAGAGAAGGGUUAUGAUCAGGUGCCUAUUGUAUCUGAAGCUGGGCUGGUCCUCGGGAUGGUCACCUUGGGAAACAUGCUGUCCUCUCUUUUGGCUGGAAAGGUAAAGCCAUCAGAUCCUGUUACCAAAGUUAUCUACAAGCAGUUUACACAGGUCCAUCUUAUGGAUAACCUGGGGAAACUCUCACGAAUCCUGGAGACUGAUCACUUUGCUCUUGUGGUUCAUGAUCAGAUACAGUCAGAUCACAGUGAUGGUUCCUCCAGUAAGAAGCAGAUGGUUUUUGGAGUGGUAACUGCUAUAGAUCUCCUAAAUUUUGUAACUCGAGAGCGUGAGCGACGUGUCAGUGAAUCUGGAGACCGUGAUCCGAGUGAAAGAGUAAGGCAUUUCAGUGCGUCUUGAUCUGAUCCCAGAGAACGCCUCAGAGGAUCCAUGUUUACCACUUGUCACCUCGCUGUCCUUCUUACUCUGUGAACCCUGGUGGUCUCCUGCAUACCCCUCUACCUUGGUUUCUGAAGGGAGUAGGGUUGUUUUAGUCAGUCAUUACUGCUUGUUACAUGAAUGCAGCGCUUCUGAUUUUGCAGCAGUUACAGGUUUAAUUAAAUAAGAAUUGAAAUGA